AAUUCACCAGACCUCAACCACAACUGGUCAUCCGCAAGAAUUUUAAUGAAAACAAACAACUGCCGGUACACUCCUUUGAACCACCAAUUGCCCUCCCCCCUUUUUUGUUUUCAAUAAGUCCCAAAAUGCGUGUCCUCGCCAAUUCCCUUCGCUCAGUCCUCCUUCCACGUCUGGUGCGGGCGACCGUCACUCGACCGGUAUUUAAGGUCCCGGUCGUUAGGCAAUUGAGUACCACCCUCUCCCGUAGACUCGAAGACCUCACCGGUGCAUCCAAUUUCCGGCAGCAGCCGCGAUUGAGACUCGGCACUGAAGCACCAAACUUCAUUGCCGAGACUACACAUGGGAAGAUUGACUUUCACGAAUUCAUUGGCGACAGCUGGGUAGUCCUAUUCUCCCACCCGGCUGACUUCACGCCCGUCUGCACAACGGAGCUCGGCGCCUUCGCUAAGCUCGCGCCCGAAUUCGCAAAACGCAAUACGAGGUCACCGGGUCCUCCUUCCAUGUCCUUCCCCAUCAUCGCCGACGAGAAGCGUGAGGUUGCCUGGCUGUACGACAUGGUUGACACCCAGGAUCUGACCAAUAUCGACCAGAAGGGGAUCGCGUUUACCAUUCGCUCUGUCUUCAUCAUUGAUCCAAAGAAGAAGAUCAGACUUACUAUGAGCUAUCCUGCGUCCACGGGGAGGAAUACGGCGGAGGUGUUGAGGGCAGUCGACUCUUUGCAGACGGGCGAUAAGAAUGGGGUUACGACGCCGAUUGACUGGCAGGUUGGGCAGGAUGUUAUUGUUCCGCCAACGGUUACUACCGAGGAUGCUAAGGUGAAGUUUGGAGAGGAGAAUGUCAGAGUGGUUAAGCCAUACUUGAGAUUCACCACCCUUAGCAAGUAGAAUGCCCGCCCUGUUGUCUAGGGUGUCUCUUGGUGCGGCAAUUCUGGUAAAUCAAAUAGAUAUUUUUGCUAUAUGGAAUUAUUCUUGGAUAUUGUUAAUAAAAAUGGUCGGGCAACGAACACCAAUAAUUUUUA